UACAUGGAUACGCGGAUCAUUUGGCCCGGAUACAGACACAAUUACAAUUCCAGUACCUUGUGCUUGCCCGAAAAACAAUCGAUACCAUGGACGACAGUUCUAGUGUUUUGGGAAUGUCUUCGUUUGCCAGUAAACUCGCUGACAUAUUCGCAGAGGAGUCAGGCGAUGAAAAAACGUUCUAUGGGUUUUCCGACACUGAAACUGAUUUAUGUGACAACAAGAGAUCAGACAGUGACAGUCCAAAGGAAACUACAGGCAGCUCCCCAAAACAGCAUGCUCCCUGUUGCUUCACUUUUCGGGUGGCGCUGCGCCCCCGUAAGCUAGCCCCCCCUACCCCUGAUACCAGUGAAGAAGAGGAGGCUCAGAAAACAGUGGAGAAGAAGCCAAACAUGAAAGUUGAACAUGUCAAAGCUGAGGAUGAAGAUAAGCCUGUGACCAAACCAGACUCUGAUUUGGAGGCUGAUUAUCCACCUCAGUCCUUUCUGUCCAAGAGGGAUCAGAACAUCAAGGCUAAUAAAGCUAUGUUGGCACAGUUGAUGGCAGACCUAGAUAAAAUGCCAGGGGGAGCACUGCUGAAGGGUCACGGAGGAAGCAAUCUUAAAAAGGAGAAAAGUAAUAGAGCGCCCCGAUCCAAGGACAGAAUGUCCAGGGGGAAUCCGGAUAGGUCAUCCCGCGUUCAGACCCGAUCAAUGGGAGGAGUUCAGGAGGGAGCUGGGGCCCCCGCAAUGAGGGAGCUGCAACUUAGUCUUGAGGAGGAACUUCUGGAAGUACGUGGUCAGCCAAAGCGGAGGGGUGCUCCCCGUCCCCUGCAGACCAAACCACACGUCAUACGACCGGUGGAUGAGAUCACAGCUGAUGAUCUACAGCUUGUGGCAGACAACACAACCGAGAAGGUUUACAGCAGUGCUACAGGCUCCACCUGUCACCAGUGUCGCCAAAAGACCAUAGACACCAAGACAUGUUGCCGUAACGAGGAUUGUCAUGGUAUUGUGGGACAAUUCUGUGGUCCGUGUCUGAGGAACCGAUAUGGAGAAGAUGUCAGAAAGGCACUGCUUGACCCGGACUGGCGGUGUCCCCCAUGCCGAGGCAUCUGUAACUGCAGUUUCUGCCGUGCGAGAGAUGGACGCUGCCCCACAGGAAUCCUGUUACCUCUGGCCCAGUAUCAUGGCUUCUCUGAUGUCCACUCAUACCUGAGUAGUCUUCGCAGUAAACUCAAGUCUGGAGAGGACUGAAGAUCUGUAGUUUCUCCAGUAUCUUGGUCUGAACAGCAGCACAUGUGAUCUUAAUGAUCAGAACGGUGACGGUGCUCUUAUCCAGAGGAUGAAGUUCUUGCUCAGUUAUAUGUUCUCCUUAAUUGCUUUUUAUAUAUGAAAUAAAAACCUUUUACGAAGCAGUCUCUCUCAAAUCAAA